AUGUUAACAAUUCACUUUCAAUUCAUACAAUUGGUGGUAGAUCUAAUACGAUUAUCGACAUCAACAUCUAAUAUACAACCAGUUACAUCGUCAUCAACAAUUGUUGAUGCACAAUCAAGUAACAAUAAUGUAGACGAAGCAACACUACAACAAGAAAAACAAAAGAAAGAAAAGGAAAAAGAGAUACAAUUGAAACUACAACAACAAUUACAAUCGGAACAACAAAUAAAGUGUGAUGUAGGAUGGAGAUGGGGUCAGAGAUUUUUACAAUAA